AUGUUAAUUGCACCAUGGUUUUGUGAUAGCUGUGGAAGACAAAAUGGUAUGAUACGAUACCAAUGUCAACAUUGUCGAGGAGCAAAUACAUAUGAUUUAUGUGAACAAUGUAUUUUACAUGCAUCAACAAUACAUCCUUAUCAUAGAUUUCAAUUAGUACAAAACGCUGGGACUGGUACAUCAAAUUGGGUUGGACGAGAACGGACAGCCGUACUUUAUUAA